UCCAUUAACGAAGGCCUGUGGUGUCUAUUCUGCAAUUUUCACAUCAGCCAAUUAGUACUAACAAGUAAAAAGCUGGCGCAUGUUGCCGUCACACCUCAUCUCACCAAAAUGGCCAUCAACUCUCACGGCAUACGAUCACGAAUCGUGAUGAUGAAUCAUUUCUUUUUUGUUUUAUUUAUUUAUUUUUUGAAACUUUGGAUUCCGAUGAUUCUAGGGUUAGGGUUUCCUCCAGAGUCGUUGCCGUCUAAACCCUGAUGCUCCUUUUGGUUGCUGAGCGAACCUCGGGAAAGAGAAGGGAAUCUUGGAAUCUCACAACCGUGGAUUUAAGACCUACAUUUUCUUCCCUUGUUCUUGUGGUUUCUUGUUAAACAAUCGGAUGAUAAGGUUCUUCUUUGUUUCGACGGAGUAGAAUUCGGGGAACAAAAAAUCUUUAGUGCAGCUUCGUUUUCUUAAUCCCGAUGAAUGUUUUAUCAUGAACUUGAGGGGAAUGUACUAUGUCCUUUUGCUAGUUUUCGUCCUUUGCGCCUGCCUUUUUUUUUUUUUUUUUUUUUUAAUAAUUUUCCCCUGAUAUAAGUUUUUCUGGAAGCAGUCUUCAAAACAAACAAAGCUUUAGUAGAACUUUGAGACCUCAUAUGACGGUUCCCAGGUGUUGCAUUGGUUAUUGAACAUAAUGCCCGGAUAUUGGAGAUGAAUGAUGAUGAGUCAUGUUUCAUUCUCGGACGUAAAUAAACUUAAAUCCUGGGUUUAAAACCAUAUUGCGUCGACGACCAUAUGAAUCAAUCCCAUGGGGUUUGCUCAAAGUAGGGGGGCUCUAAAUGGUUGGAUGGUAAGAUGGAAACAAUUUUGGUACACUGUUUCUGGGACUCAUCAGUAGGAUAGGUCUAGCAGUUAUCACCUCAAUUAUUAAUUUAAUUUGAUUGAGUAUAAUCUUGAUGAGGGAGAAGCUAAUGAUAGCAAAUUUUCGUUUCAGGGUUGAAUUCAAAAGAACUUUUAAAGAAGAUAUCUUGCUGCAUCCUAAAUAUCGAGGAUGGCAAUAACACGGAGUGGCGGUGGUGGUGGUGAUUGUGGAAGGCAGGGAAGAAAGCUCAAAGAUUCGUCUACUGGAGAUGCUAGCAGACAAAGACAAUCACCUUUGGGGUCAUGUGCUGAUUCAGACCUGAUAUCAUGGUUAAGGGGACUGGCUCUGAAUCCUUGCAACUAUGAGGCCUCAAAAGAGUCAGGGGGAAGAUUAUGGGAUCAGCUUCUUAAACUGCGGAAAAUUAUGUUUCUGACUCAUUCUGAAUUUCCUCGGAGAAAGCGGGCACUUCAGCAGUUUCUAAAGGGUGAAUUCACAACUACUCCUGGACUGGUGAAAUCUGAUCAGCAGAGUUUCAAGAAAUUGAGAAGGCAAUUCUUUCACACCUCUUCAAUUUCAUGCUCGCUUAAUUCGGCUGACUCCAUUGGAAGCGACAAUCAGUGCAUUGCUCAUAACUCGCGUAGUUUAGGUAGUUUAUUGACAUUUGAGGACAAUUUUCAAGGAAAACAUGUAUCUACCAAUUUGCCUGUUUUGGAUAAUUCAACAGACUCGAGUUCAUUAAAAAGGGAUUCUUCUCCCUUAAUGGUUUCAGAUGAAUCAAUUUAUGGUUCUAAUCCAGUGAGUACAGAGAACUUGACCAUCCAUGAUGCUUCCUUGCUGGAUUUUGAUGACUCGGUUUACAGUUCAAACUCAUCAAAUUUGGAAGAACCAAAGCAAACAGAUCAUCAGACACCUCGACGAUCAAUCAGGUUAUUGAAGUUCAUUGGUGAUUAUCUUCCAAGAAUGGCUAUUCCUGUUGGGCCUUUCUUUCAGGCCAAUGUUCCUGACUGGACUGGUCCAUCUGACCAAGGGAAUCUUUGUGGUAGGGAUGGUGAUUCCGAAAGUUCAAGGUGGUUAGGCACCCAAAUUUGGCCCGUAAGAGGGGAAAGUACAGAAACUUCACCUAAAACAAUUGGGAAAGGCAGACCUGACUCUUGCUUCUGUGCCUCUCCUGGAUCUGCUGAUUGCGUCAAACUUCAUGUUCAUGAAAAAAGUCUCUUUUUGCAAUCUGAUCUUGGUCCUGCUUUUAUGGAUUGGAAGUUUGACGAGAUGGGGGAAGCUGUCUCAAAGUCAUGGUCAUUGAAAGAACAAAAGACCUUCCAGUCUCUGAUGAAGUCAAAUCCACUUUCUAAUGAAGUGAAAUUUUGGAAGCAUGCCUUCAAGUGCUUCCCAAACAAGUGCAGGAAAAGCAUUGUUAGCUAUUACUUCAAUGUGUUCCUCCCUAGACAUAUAAGCUUACAGACUAGAUCAUCCCUUAAACAAGUUGACACUGACGAAGAUGAAGCUGAAGAUGUUAAUCAUACAGAUUCCCAGGAAGGUCGUGCUAAAGAUGUGAAAGCUCGAUAUUUGCGUCGGGGUUGUUGAUAGCUGAAGGGUGACAAUCAUAUAAACUCAUCAUAACUUGGUGAUUCUAAGAUCCCUUUUGUAGCCUGGUUUUUAAACCUUUUUUGAGUACGCAUCAAGGUGUUGUUUGGGUUCUCAAACACUAAAAUUUUGAUCAUAUCAGCAGCAACUUGGUUAAUUUACUGAGUUGUUUCAUUGAACUUCACUUUUGAUCAUUUCUUUAGCAACUUGGCUAGUUUCUUGAGUCAUUUCUUUUAGCAUAUUACUUGGCAAGUUUUUAAUGUUUAAGCAGGAGUACAUCUUGUAGCAAUCAUUUUUUGCAAUUGAAUUGUAAAAUAUGAAUGUCAUUUAUUUGUUACUUGAUAUUUAUUUUUCACCUUAUUGAUGCAAUA